AUGUCACUACAGCCUCUGCGCUCGUCCCUACAUAGUCACAUUCACACCUCCGCAGCCACUCCUCCCUCCAGCGCCAAGCUGUCGUCUCGCUCAGUCCCAGCAACUCGCCUCUCCCUUGCGGCUGCCCACCUCUCCUCUGCCUCUUCCACCUCGUCUUCCUCCACCCGCAACUUCUCUUCUUCCACAUCUCUCGCUAUGCCUCCUGUUUCAAAGCCUCAGGAGAAGUACGACCUGGUCGUCAUCGGUGGUGGAUCAGGUGCCAUGGGAAUGUCACGCCGCGCAGCCUCCUACGGAGUCAAGGUUGCCGUCAUCGAAGAGGAUGGUCGUCUGGGCGGGACCUGUGUCAAUGUAGGCUGUGUACCCAAGAAGCUCAUGUGGCAUGCAGCAGAUGUAAUGGAGUCUGUCAAGUCCGCACCCGAGUACGGCUUCAGGGGCGUCAAGCCAGAUGCCUUCGAUUGGAAGUACUUUGCUGAAAAGAGGGACGCUUACGUCAGGAAGCUCAAUGGCAUCUACGACAAUAAUCUCAAGAAGGACGGAGUAGAGUACAUCUCUGGUCAUGCUAAGCUGAUCAGCAAAACCGAGGUUGAGGUGGCAAUGCUCAAGGAGGAUGGAAGUGGAUUUGGAGAGAAGCACGUCAUCAAGGCAGACAAGAUCUGCAUUGCUACCGGAGGUAGGCCUACUAUUCCCUCGGAUCAGAAGAUCGAGGGUGCUUCUCUGGGUAUCGACUCGGAUGGCUUCUUUGCCCUCCGAGAGCAGCCCAAGCGAGUCGCCCUCAUUGGAGCAGGCUACAUUUCUGUAGAGCUCGCCGGAGUCUUCAACUCUCUCGGAUCAGAGACGCAUCUCCUCAUUCGCCACGACACCUUCCUGCGUGCCUAUGACCCCAUCAUCUCCGAGACGUUGCAGGAGCACAUGGCCAACACGGGUCUGAACGUGCACAAGAACAUCUGUCUCGAGAAGAUUACUGGAGAAAAGGGCGGACCACUGACCGUCUACCUCAAGGACGAGCCGCCUCUCGAGGUAGACUGCGUCCUCUGGGCCAUCGGACGUCGACCCAACACGGACAAUCUCGGUUUGGAGGCCGUUGGAGUCAAGACGGACGACAAGGGCCACAUCAUUGCCGACAAGUACCAGAACACCAACAUUGACAAUAUCUUCUCCCUCGGAGACGUCUCUGGCAAAGCCCAACUAACACCCGUGGCCAUUGCCGCCGGACGCAAAUUGGCCAACCGUCUAUACGGUCCUGAAGGCGUGCGAGGCGUAGACUUCCUCGACUAUGAAAACAUCCCCACCGUCGUCUUCUCCCACCCCACCUCCGGCUCCGUAGGUCUUUCUGAAGCUGAAGCUCGCGAAAAGUACGGAGACGAGAAUGUGAAAGUGUACAAGAGCAAGUUUACUUCGAUGUACUUUGGAAUGCUAGAGCACAAGGAACCUUGGGCAUUCAAGAUUGUCUGCACUGGAAAGGAGGAGACGGUUAGGGGUGUGCAUACAGUGGGAUUGGGAAGUGAUGAGUUGCUGCAGGGUUUCGCAGUGGCUGUCAAGAUGGGAGCAACAAAGAAGCAGUUUGAUGAUACGGUUGCUAUUCACCCUACUAGUGCCGAGGAGCUGGUGACUGCCAAGUGAAGGGAGAGAGAGAGAGAGGAGGCUGGCGCUGGCGGGGAGCGAUGAUGCUACCUCAGAUAGACGCGAAGACGGACUCGGGCAGGCGGGAGGGCAGGGCGGGUCGACGAUGGGCGCUACAUUGCGCAGUAGGACC